AAAGGUCACUUGUUGCAAUUCAUCCGAACAAGAACAAGGUUGCAAGCCUCAAGCCGCAAGCCUCAAGCAGGCGAAAGUAUAUUCAAGUUUAGAAAGCUGGUCAGAGUCUCGGUGUCUUGCAGAUCUCCAGAAAGGCCAUAAGCUCCGAGUGUGCGGCUCGAUCGCGACAAAUUUGGAUGUCUACACUGUGAGAGUCACUGAUUGCGGCCCAACAUCGGUCUGAGCUCGAGACCCAACCUUUCCGGAGAAGACCACGGUGACGGCAUACAUCAUGGCUUCAAGCAGCGCUUCCACGAUCUUGGUCAAUCUAGAGUUUGGUGGAGGUUUGGAACAAAUCACGCAUCCUCCGCAAGCACGAAGUCACAAGCUGCGUCUCCCAACCCACGUGCCCAUCGGCUGGUCAGCCAAGUCCAAACCGUCUUCCGAUCUGAUGGACGCGGUCGACGCUUCGCGGUCGGCCGGUUCGGCAGCGGCACACGAUGCCAAGCUAGGCGUACCAGCUUCGGACAAGCCUAUCGAUAUGCGUUAUCUUGUUUGGCACGUCAAGACUCAUCUGGUAGCCGAGAGGGAAGAGAUGCUCUGCGAUGGAGAAGGCGUUCGAGCUGGAAUGCUCGUCCUCAUCAACGAUACGGAUUGGGAGCUGAUGGGCGAGCUAGAUGCUCCUCUUGAAGACGGCGACCAAGUCACACUGAUCAGCACGCUACAUGGUGGUUGAGAGCGGAGCAGUGACCGCAAUGAAGCUCGAGAAAAUGUUGUACAGUUCGAUACCGCUGCUUUGUCGCAGUAUCGCUUUUGAGUCAAUGCGUCUAUUGCCUGAUCUUCAAGACCACUGCAAUGUGACUUUGCCAGUCAAAGCGUCAAGGCUUCUCAAGGAGCUUCACAGCUCACCCGUGCCUUUGCACAGCCGUCAGCUCAAAGUGCCGAUCCAUAUUGGACGCUUCUUGUCCAAGGAAGAAAGCACGUGUAAGUCUUUGAACAGCAAAUGGAUGAGGGUCACCUUCAUAAACGUG